GCCAAACAGUCCUUGCUGAAAUGUCAAUACACUACCAGAACACUGGCUCACAGGGUUCAUCAUGAUUUCCAGGCAGUAUGUGGCUUUGUUUCUCUGCUUUCUGCUACUGAUCCCUCUUUCUCUGGAUGCAGUCUUUCUAAAGCAGGAAGAGGCAAGCAACGUUUUGCAAAGACAAAGACGAGCCAACAGCUUCUUUGAAGAGAUAAAACUGGGGUCACUAGAGCGAGAAUGCAUAGAAGAAAGAUGUUCCUAUGAGGAAGCAAGAGAGAUUUACGGUGACAUUGAAAGGACAGAAGAGUUCUGGCUCAUCUAUUCUGACCCCAACCAGUGUGCCUCCAACCCCUGUCAGAAUGGUGGGAUUUGUGAUGAUCAGUUCCAGGAUUAUGUCUGCCGCUGUCCUGUUGAAUACGAGGGAAAAAGCUGUGAAAAAGCUGUGGCUGACAAACUGAAGUGCAUUUUUGACAACGGUGGCUGUGAACAGUACUGUACUGACAAGCAGUCCAAAAUACGACUGUGCUUCUGUGAUGAUGAUUACACUUUAGCCAGUGAUGGCGUGUCCUGCAUCCCUCAAGUGAAAUACCCAUGUGGAAAAAUACCAGUGUUGGCAAAAAAAAAUUCAACUGUACAUGGGAGAAUAGUAGGUGGUUUCAUCUGUCCUCCAGGUGAAUGUCCAUGGCAAGCCCUUAUAAUACAGGAUCAGAGAGAAAAGUGUGGUGGCACCCUGCUUUCCCCAGGGUGGGUGGUCACUGCAGCCCACUGUUUGGAGCAUACUCACCCUAAACAGCUUCGGGUGAGAUUGGGUGAACACAAAAUAAAUGUUGAUGAGAAAACUGAGCAAGAAAGUGGAGUUGCCAGGAUGGUCAUUCACGAAGACUACAGGAAUGGACAUGUCAAUAAUGAUAUUGCCCUCUUGAAACUGGAAAUACCCGUGAAUCUCACAGACUAUGUGGUGCCAAUAUGUUUGCCUGAGAAAAGGUUUGCUGUGUAUGAGCUGUCCACCAUCAAGUUCUCCACAGUAAGCGGAUGGGGACGCCUAAUAGAUGGAGGUGCCACCUCUUCUGUUCUGAUGAGAGUUGAUUUACCACGUGUAAAGACACAAGAAUGUGAAAAAGAGACUGAUUUAAAUAUCACAGAGAAUAUGUUCUGUGCAGGAGACCUGUCUGGGGUUAAGGACUCCUGCAAGGGAGACAGUGGUGGUCCUCAUGCUACACGGUACAAGAACACUUGGUUUCUGACAGGGAUUGUCAGCUGGGGAAAGGGCUGUGCUGUUGAAGGCAGCUAUGGGGUUUACACAAGGGUAUCCAAAUACAUUGACUGGUUGAGGAACCACAUGGACUAAUAAUGUUGAGCCACAGCAUUUCCAGGUCAUGUUAUUGCCUCCCAAUCCCUCUGUACCAUUUUCCCACUGAAGUAUUCCUUCAUUAUCUUAGAUAUUUGAUACAGGCUGUACACACAACAGUAUUAAAGAUUUGAAGUGAGCCUAAGGCCUAUUUGAAUACAUAAAAUAUCUUCCCUCUCAGUGUUGUUUAUAAACUUGUGUAUCUUGUCAAGCAGGCAGAGAAUGACCGUAACAAAUCAGACACAAUGUCCCUCCUGUUCUGCAUCCAU